UAUCAAUCCCACUUCUCGAGAACUUUUAGUUUAUCUAGCAGCAGUGACAGUGAGUGAACUAAUUCCCAAAAUUCAACAUAUUAAAAAGAAAAUAAAACAAGAAAAUUCGUUUCAAAACAAAAUUUGGAAAAUUCUGUAAAAUAGACAAUUCUUUUAGUUGGCCCUCUUAAUCAAACAUGUUGUUGGAGGACGGCGAUCUGGGUACUUUGAUAAGCCUUGUUUUGGCACUUUUAGUUGGACUCUUGACCUAUGUCUACGUCUAUAUUUAUCAAUCGAAGACAAACGACGAUGCAGUAGAUGAUAAUGGUAAUGUUAUUCCAGGAGUUGAGUUGCCACCUUUGCCGCCAAUCAAAUUAACACGCGAGCAAUUGAAAAGUUUCGAUGGCACACGACCUGAUGGAAGAAUUCUAAUUGCCUUCAAGGGCAAAAUCUAUGAUGUAUCAAACAAUGUGGAUGACUUUGGCUUACGAGGCACCCUAAAUCGUGUGGCUGGCAGAGAUUUUACAAAAUAUCUCAAGAUUAUCAUGUCUUUGAGUGAAUCAGAAGUUAAUAUUAUGGAUAGUUGGGAGCAUGAUUUGGAAAUGAAUUAUAAACGUGUUGGCGUACUCAUAAAUGAGCAAGGUGAAAUUUUACAAGGCGACGAAGAUGAUGAGGAUCUUUACCCAAUAACUAUUGGGGCAGAUCAGAACGACCACGAGGAGUUGGUUAUCAAUGUUCGGCCACAAGUCACUAACUAUAAUUGUUGUUUCUAAAAAAAAAAAAAAUUGUUACAACCAAGAUGGAUUAUGAUGUAAAAGCACUUGAUUUUAAAAACUGUACAAUCAAUUUCCAAUUUAAUAUUGUGAAACAAAUAAGAUGAAGAAACUUGUCAAUUUUGUGCUAAAC